GACAAGUACCUAUUAAUUUAUUUUCACAUGAAAGAUCAUUAAUAAUUCUUUAAUUCCUAUACAGAAAAAGUGGUCUUUGUUCAUCACCUAAUAUAACCGUGACAGAAGUCGACAACAGGAUCCGUUUCUUGAGGUAAGUAUUUCAUUCUACUUUUGAUCAACUUCUUUGUCGUCAUCAUCAUACAUGUAAAAUAAGAUUUGAUCUUUGUUUCCUUUAUUAUUAUCGACUUGACUUGAUUCAUAAACUAUGCCCACUUGAUUAUUCGAGUAGAUGAUACGUUCUUUGGUGGUUGUUGACUUUCUCUUUAUCAAUUGGGUCAUCGAGUUGAAGGGUUUACCAUGGUUCCGUUGACUGAUUCAUGUAUUGAUUGAGCGCAAUCAGGAAUUGAAUUGAUGGGUGUAGAUCAAAGAACGAAGACCCUAUUCGUAUAGCUCCUUGUGUUAUCCAAUUGAGUUCAUAAAGAUUUUUACUUUUGUCUUGAGGAAACAAGAACAAGAACAAAUUAAAGAUCUUUAAGUGUUUGCAUACAUAAAAUUUCUGUUAUAGAUAAAGUUAAAAGAUCAAAGAUGUCAGGAGUUCAAGAUUCAUUAGAGAUAAAAUUCCGUUUGAUUGAUGGGUCAGAUAUUGGUCCUAAAAGCUUUCCAGCAGCUGCAAGUGUUGCGACUUUGAAAGAAAGCAUACUUUCUCAAUGGCCUAAAGAAAAGGAGAAUGCUCCAAAAACAGUUAAAGAUUUAAAGAUAAUUACCAACCACCUCAAGAAAAAGAAAAGAAAGUGACAGAUGAUCCAAAGAUAAACAAGUGUGUAUGUGUGAUAUUAUAAGAAGCAACUCCAAAUACAACCGAUUUACAUCUUCAUUUGCAGAUAAAGGAUGCUGGGGUUUGCAUAAAGAUGAUGAUGCUGUUGAUGAAUGGUUUGGAUUGAGGUUUUACAAAGAAAACAGAAAAAGAAAAAGAAAAAGAAAAAGGAAAAAUUGGUGAGAUUAUAUACAUUUGUAUCUAUACAGAUUGUUUUUUUUUUUGGGUUCGUGUUUUUUUUUGCAUAUUUUGUUAAAUCCUGUGAAUUUUUUACUUUGAAAACUCUUUCUUGGUGGUUUUUGAUUCUUAUUUGGUUGAAAAACUGUGAUUAGAUUUGAUUAUUUGAAUGGAAACAAAUUA